UUUUUAUCAGUCACGAUUUGAAAAUAAACUACAGAGCGGUUGAACAUAUGCUCAUUCUUAAAUUGUUUAAUAACUGACCCAAUAUGGCUGCUUUCAAGCUCAUCGUGUUACUGGGAAUCUUCUGUUGCAGUAGUUUCGUUCAUGGCCAGACCACCCACGAGCUGUAUGAGCGAAUGAUAGACGACAUAUGGUCUUCCUCCGACGAUAACGAUGACGGAAUCUUCUCACAGUUUGAACUGAUCAAAACAUUCUCUGGAUACGAUACAAAUGGAGACGGGACAAUUACACGUCACGAGUAUGUGAACCACGUGCAGGUGCCGAGCGAGCACGUGCACCGUUAUCUACACGCCCUGUUUGAUAUAUUUGACGUGAACGGCGACCACCACUUCAACCACCACGACUAUCACGGACUCUACACCAAGAUGGACAAGGACUGUGAUGGAAUUGUUACAAAGGCAGAUUUUUAUAAAUUCUGGCACGAGGUUCUCCACAAGACCAGUCACAUCCACCACAAUGGCUUAUAUCUCCAUAACUAACGAUGUCUGAGAGAAAACUCCGUUACUGGCGUCUUCGUAUACGCCUUUGUCACUGGAAAUAAAUUAAUAUGAUUCUGAA